AUUCGAGUCCUUACUAUAAACUAUAAAAAAAGCGUGACGCUUCCGGAGCCUUCUAAGGUUGACGUGUCAAAAGCAUAAAGUGACAUGUGUCCUGUGCAUUCCACAUCAUGCAACGUGGCUCCAGAACUUUCUUUCUCUGCCUAGACUCACUUCGUCAAUCAUAUCCACCAAACUAUAUAUAAGCGCGCCACUAGAAUCAGCGACGACAGCAUACAAAUAACGAACACAAACUGAUCUCAGUUUUCGCAGCUGCAAGAAACAACGACAACAAGUGAAUCGGAAUCAUGAGGGGAAAUUGGUUAGCGGUGUUGAAAAGCGGCGUCGGAGGUAAGGCAGCGUACGCAACCGCAACAGCACCGAAGAUGAAAGCGUACGCAGCUUCGGCUGAUUACGGGCGUCUCAACCAGCAAAAGAGGAACUCAACGAAAAAGGACUUUGUGGCGGUGUACGUGGCGAUUGGGAUGAUGACGACGGCGAUGGGGCUGGGUCUCCACACUGCGUGGCAGCAACUGAGGAAUUCCCCAACGGUGCGCGUGAAGAAGCAGAGAAGAGAGACUCUCCCCGAAGUGGUGGAUCCCGACCACGUGGCGGAGGAGGCUGACAAGUUCAUCAAGCACUCCUUCUUCCGGAAAGUUGCGCACGUGCAAGACCGCAGCUACCCCGACCACCACCACAUCGCUAACCCCGUUAGCAAAGAUGCCUAUGCCCACACACCCCGUCUCGAAACUCUGAAAUCCGUCGGCGUUGAUCCUUCCCACGUCUGAGUAUUCUAAAUCUAACAAACCUUCACUUCCAUUGUAAAUACAGCUCAACCACCUCUCUGUAACUCUAUGUAGUGGCUUUUGCUACUUUGCUUCUUCAACUUAAAGAGACCAAGCUUCAAUAA